AUUCAACUGUGAGUCAGUUUAUUGAAAAUGCUCGGUGGGAGCUGUACGAUUUUCACCACUCAGGAACCGAUCGCAGGAAGCAAAGAGAAAAAAGUUACGAAAGGAAAAAAAGGGAAAAAAUAAAGAUCGAGGGAUUUUCGAAGAGUUCAAAAUGAAUAAAAUUGGUAACGUUUACUUCAGGCGGCACUUGUUGACAAGAAGCUUCGCCACCAAAAAGAUCAUCGCAAUUCGCCGCGAAGACCAAAGCGUCUGGGAACGUCGUGCCCCCUUCUCCCCUACCCAUGUCCGCAAGCUAGUCAAAUCGGGCGUUAAAGUCAUAGUCCAACCCAGCAAUCGUCGCUCAUACCCCAUGCAAGCCUACCUCAAUGCAGGUGCAGUGGUCCAAGAAGACAUCUCCGAAGCUAGCGUCAUCUUCGGGGUCAAACAAGUACCCAUAGACCAGCUAAUACCAGACAAAACCUACUGCAUUUUCUCCCACACCAUCAAAGCACAAGAAACCAACAUGCCACUACUGGAUGCCAUUUUGGAAAAACGUAUCAGAUUAAUGGACUACGAAAAACUCAUGGACGAAAAGGGACAAAGGGUUGUGGCUUUCGGCAAAAUGGCGGGAAUUGCAGGGACUGUCAACAUCUUUCAUGGGUUGGGUUUGAGGUUGUUGGCUUUGGGUCACCACACCCCGUUUAUGCACAUAGGACCGGCACACAAUUACCGAAAUUCUAGUAUGGCUAAACAGGCUGUCAGAGAUGCGGGGUAUGAAAUAGCGCUAGGUUUGAUGCCUAAGUCGAUUGGACCUUUGACGGUGGUGUUCACGGGGUCCGGGAAUGUGUCGCAAGGGUCGCAGGAAGUCUUUCAAGAGCUACCUCAUGAGUAUGUAGCGCCUGAAAUGUUAAAGAAAGCGGCGGAACAUGGCAGUUUGAAUAAGGUCUACGCGUGCGAGGUUAGACGAAGACACUACUUGGAACGAGCGGAAGGUGGCGGUUUUGACCCUCUAGAGUACGAAGAACAUCCAGAGAGAUAUAUUUCAACUUUUAGCAAAAAUAUAGCGCCGUACGCUUCUAUUAUUAUUAACGGAAUUUACUGGGCUGUUAACAGCCCGAAGUUAUUGACAAUACCAGAUGCCAAGCAUUUGUUAAGACCUGCACAUACCCCCUGGUUACCGACGUCAGUAGGAGCCCCAGCUCUUCCUCACAGAAUGUUAGGUAUCUGUGACAUAUCAGCCGAUCCCGGUGGUUCUAUCGAAUUUAUGAACGAAUGCACCACCAUUGAUACCCCUUUUUGUCUAUACGACGCCGAUCGCAACAAAGACACAAAAAGCUUCAGCGGUCCGGGAGUUCUCGUAUGUUCCAUUGACAACAUGCCCACCCAAAUCCCACGAGAAAGUACCGACUUCUUCGGAGACUUGUUGUUUCCUUAUGCGCACGAUAUUUUACAAUCUAACGCGCAACAACCUCUAGAAAAUCACAAGUUUUGUCCACCAGUUCACGGAGCUAUCAUCGCCAGUAACGGUAAACUAACACCCAACUAUGAGUACAUCCAAGACUUGAGAACAUCCGCCAUUAAAAGCAGGCAAAAAUCUACCGAAUCUACCAACAUCGAGAAACGGGUGGUCAUUAUAGGUGCCGGACGUGUAGCUGCACCUUUAGUGGAGUACCUUCACCGGGAUGACUCCAUCGGGAUCACAGUAGCAUGCGAGAAGAAAGACCUGAGUGAUCAUCUAGCACGUUGUUUCCCAGGCAUUCAAAGUCUGUAUCUCAAUGCUAUUGAAAGUACCAACACUCUUGAAGAAAUCGUGAAGAAAGCAGACGUCGCGGUUUCCAUUCUUCCGGCAAAUUUGCACCAUGUGGUGGCUCAAGCGUGCAUCAAAGAAGGUACUCAUAUGGUAACAGCGAGUUACUUGAGUGAAGAAAUGAAGAAUUUACACAGACAAGCAGCUGAUGCAGGCAUUACAGUACUUAACGAGAUUGGUUUGGACCCUGGAAUUGACCACUUAUUAGCUUUGGAGUGCAUCCAAGAUGUACAACAACACGGGGGAAGAAUAACUUCAUUUGAGUCUUUUUGUGGAGGACUUCCAGCUCCAGAGUUUAGUGACAAUCCUUUGAGAUAUAAAUUCUCGUGGUCACCACGUGGGGCUCUUUUGAAUACCUUGUCUGGAGCGAGGUAUUUAAGAAAAGGGCAGAUUGUGGAGAUCAGUUCUGGAGGGGAGUUGAUGAAUGCAACUAAAAGUCUAGAUUUUUUGCCAGGUUUUAACCUAGAAGGUUUCCCCAAUAGAGAUAGUACCAUAUAUGCUAAGUACUACGGGAUUGAAGAUGCUUUGACGAUACUCAGGGGAACUAUUAGGUACACAGGGUUCGCCCAUGCCGCUAGAAUGUUACAAUUUUUGGGGCUACUGGAUCCAGAACAACAUCCAGCUUUGCACGAACAAGGACCUGAAAUUACCUGGCGGAUGUUAAUUUGUAACCUUCUAGGUCUAGAAAAUCACAACAUCUUCUACGACAAUUUAAAAAAUCAAAUUACUGAGAGAACAGGGUCUGAAUAUGCUGUUGAUUUGUUGGAAGACUUGGGACUUUUGGACGAAAAAGGUGUAGUCAAAUGUGGGUCACCUUUGGAUACUUUGACUCACUACUUGUCGACCAAGUUGGCUCUAGAAAAAAAUGAACGCGAUUUGGUCAUUUUGAGACACGAGAUUGGUAUUAGCUGGCCUGAUAACAAAAAGGAGAUUCGAGGGGUUAACUUUGUGGUCUAUGGGGACAUCAAUGGGUACUCUGCUAUGGCAAAAACUGUGGGUUACCCUACUGCUAUAGCUACGAAGAUGAUACUAGAUGGUGAAAUACAAGAAAGAGGGAUGAUUUUGCCAUUCGAACCAGAAAUUUAUCGCACAAUUUUAUCCAGGCUACGAAACGAAGGCUUGAAUAGUACCGAAACGUCAAAAUUCUUUUAAUUUCUAUUGUAAUUAAUGUUUGUAAAAAUUAAUGAAUUUUU